AUGGCCAUCAGUGCAGCUGCAUCAGCAGCACCAGCAGCCACCAUUGUCAGCUAUGACUGGGGCACUUCAUCCGACCUCAAAGCACUCUACACGCAGACCUACACCAUCUUCACCUCGUUGCAACACAUCCAUCAAGAAGCCCUUCUCACAGACCGAACAGGUCGUGGCGCAGCUGGCUCAUCGGUCCUUCCGUCCGCUGAGACCAUUCAGUACUACAACAGAAUCAGCGAGCACUACGCUCGUGCCAUUCAGUACUACCUCGAAAGAAUACAGCUCGACGACAGCGUAGACUCAGAUCAGUUCCAGACAUGGCGCGAUGCGCAGACCAUCCUCCGCCUUGCAGAAGUACUCUACUACCCAAAAGAUGGACGUGGCAUCAGUGUCGUCGGCGAAGAGCUUCUGCACUGGCUCAACUCGUUCGAUGUUGCUCCCACCACAGAGGAGGGUCAAGAAAUUGCGGAAUCCGCGGUUCCACACGAGCAUCCAUCCUACUGGGACUACGUGCUUCGAUGUGUCCUUCGUGGCUUCCACACAUCCGCAGCAUCAGUGCUCAAGUCGCUCGACUCGCACUCUUCGUCAGUCAUCCGCAGGGUCGCGCAAAAGAGCGCUAGGCUCCUUUCCACUCUGCCGCGCUCCACGCAAUUUUCGAUGGAGCACGAAUUUGUCGCCGCUCAUCGCAGCUGGCUCAGCAACGUGCGCAAGCUCAUCAGUGGUCUUGAGCAGGAGAUGGACGAGAUGGAGGCAGAAGGAGGCAACACCGAGGAAGUCGAAGACGAGCGACUGGAGUACGAAGCGCAAUUCCGAUGUCUGCUAGAGCUCAUGGCCGGUGUCAAGGAUCGCAUCUUCGAAGCCUGCGAAGACUGGAGAGAAGCGCUCGGCGCUUGGGGCACCCUCGUCCACCCAACGCUCAAACGCGACGAUGUGCCGACAACCGCGGCGAUCAUCCUGGAAAAGUUCCCCAUCGACGGCACCGUCCCUAACGAGAUUGUGCAGCAGUACCUUAUCAAAGGUCAAGUGCGUCAAGCAGUACAGAGGGCGCAAGACGUCGACAUCUGGCUCGGGGCUCAUCUUGGCGAUCUCGCGGACAAGGUCGGUCUUCUCGAGGAUGACAAUCAGGCAGGCCCGAGCGACUUGCGCCAGAGUCUGUUGCUGAAGUACGCUCAAAGCUUGUUGGACGAGCAAGGCUUGUGGAGGAUCAGUAUCGACUAUCUGGCUGCUUGCGGAGCUGCAGGCAGGAAGAAGAUGUCGCACAUCAUCUUGUCGGUGCCAUUGGACGGACCAGAUCCGACCGAGGAGUCGGAUGACGCAGACAUCGCCAUGGAUGAGGGCGCGGACGGCAGUGCAAUUGCGCCCAGCAAACAAGCCAAGUCUCUGGCGCGUGCUGAACAAGUGCUCAGAGCGUGCUCGGAUCAUGGCCUGGAGCUCGAGGCUCGCGUAGUUUGCCGAAGAAUGUCUCGGACUCUCAUGGAUCAGGGCCAGUACGGUGUCGCAAUCGCCUACUGCGUCCAGGCGUCGGAUACGGUGCUCAUCCGCACCAUCGCAGAGCGCAUCCUGGGAGAAUACGUCAGCAAGGGCGCCGAAGCUUUCAUCCAGAUUGUCGACUCGUUCCCUUCUUCGCUGAUCUCGCCAGCCGAUGGCCUCGACCUGGACGGCGAAGACCUCAACGACGAGCAGGGUCUUGCGCUUAACAAGCAUGCUCGCGGCUUCUUCUCAAAUCGACUCGCAUUCUUGGCGCGCUUCCGCGACUUCCAUCGCCUGUACGCCGACGGACAAUGGGCAGCUGCUGCCGGGCUUCUUGUCGAGCUCGUCACUACGGAGGCCGCACCGGAGCGAUUUCUAGCCGUGCUGUUGGUUGAUGCUAUUCCUCUCCUGGAAGACGGACAAGCAACCUGGUUUGACAGCUCUCAAACCUUCGAAUUGAUCCGCAUCGUCGAACGCAUCACCAACGCUGUCUCGAUGCAUCCCGACAUGUCGGACCACUUCCUCGGCUACCUCGACCAGCUUCUCGGCGUCGAUUCGUCUUCAAACCAGCAGAAGAAGAGCAAGCAGGCGGACACGAGCAAGCAAGCCCAGCCGUCGGUCAAGGCUUCCGACAAGCUGGAUGCCGUUAGGCUGUCGCUGGCCCGCAACUUGGCGCGUGUUGGUGUGAUGCAGGCUGGCAUCGCUUAG